AUGCCACAAUGUGUGCAUGGUAGCCAAGAAGACCCAGACGAGCUCACAGCAACGCUAUCGUGGCACAAUGCGGCACCAUCCCAUAAUAUUUUGCAUUUUGGUUGCAACCUGUCCACGCUCGUUAUAUACGAAUUUGGGCAGGUCUGUUUAGCAGACCUGCCCAGUACAGCAGUCCAGCAGCCUGCAUAUGGUCCGCUUCGAGGAGCCAUGGUUUUGUUUCUAACCCAAAUAUCUCCUGGUCGAUCGCAGCUGCACAAGUCGCACGUAUUUGUGCUCUGUGCCGUAGCAUACCUUUGGCACUCGAUCCAGGCACACAAUGGACGCAUUCCCCGGGCGCCUGGGCACAACUUUGCCGGCUAG